GACACUGGGGGACAUUUGGGGACACUCUGGGCCUCGGGGCGCCCCCAGGGAUGAGCAGCGACCUGGACGUGUUCGUGGGGAACACGACGCUGAUCGAUGAGGAGGUGUACAGGCUGUGGCUGGACGGGCACUCGGUGGCCGAGGCGGUGGCGCGCCGCCUGCGCGGGGGGGUGCUGGAGCGCGAGGGCACCUCGGUGGCCGUGCUGCAGAGCGACACCCGCGACCACUACCGAACCUUCCAGAUGCUGGAGCGGCUGCUGCACGCGCCGCCGCGGCUGCUGCAGCAGCUGCUCUUCCAGAUCCCGCCCGAGCGGCAGGCGCUGCUCGUGCAGCGGUACUACGCCUUCGACGAGGCCCUGGCCCGGGAGCUGCUGGGCAAGAAACUCUCCAAGGGCACCAAGAAGGAGCUGGAUGAGGUCAGCGCCCGCACCGGGGUCGGGAUCCGCAGCUGCCGCCGCCAGGUGAGACCCCGAACCCCGAGCGGGGCAGCCCUGAAACAGGGGGCAGCGCCCGAGGCAGCCGAGCCCGACGGGGACCUGCCCAAGUCCUUCCUGCAGGACCUGAAGGAGCUCAAGGUGCUGGUGACUGACAAGGACCUGCUGGACCAGCACAAGAGCCUGGUGUGCUCGGCCCUGCGCGGGAAGAUCUCGGUCUACAACGAGCUCGAGGCCAACUUCAAGGCGCUGUCCCGGGCGCUGGUGAACGUGGGCGGGAAGCUGACCCACGCCCGCGACGUUCGGGAUUUCUUCGUGGACCUGGUGGAGAAGGUGAUCGAGCCCUGCCGCUCCGACAAGUGGAGCCCGGCGGACCUGCGGCUCUUCCUGAGCCAGUACACGGCGGCGCCACGGAGCCUGCCGGGCUUCAGGCACCAGGCGCUGUGGGAGCGCUACAUGGCCGCCAUCAGCGCCUGCCUGCUGCGCAUGUACCACGACUGAGCCGGGACGGGCACCCGAAACCGGCACCCCGAAACUGGUACAGCCCAAAAACCGGCACCCCAAAAACCGGGACAGCCCCAAAAACUAGCACCCCAAAACCGGGACACCCCGAAACUGGCACCCCUGGGAAAUGAAAGGAUCCAGGACCUGCAAUGCCCCUCCCAAAACCGGGAUACCCCAAAAAUGGGGCAGCCUCCAAAUAUGGGACUCCAAAAAGGAGGAGUCCCGAAAACCCAUCAGGCUGAGGAUGGAGGAUCAACAUCCCGAAAUUUGGGUAUUUGAAGUCUGGGGGAUCCUCCGGAAAUGGGGACCAUGAGCACUUGGACAAACCCAGAGGAUCCAGGAGAAGCAGCACCUCAAAAAUCGGGACCCCACAACUGAACCACAUGGUGGCUCCCUAAAACAGGGGGUGUCUGGCAACCGGGACCCCCCAAAAUGGGGGAAACCCCCACAGCUGGGCUCGCCCCUCCCGUGUGACCCCAAAAAGGGGGGGUGCAAUAAAGAGCUGGAAACGGAA